AAAAAGAAAAAAAAAAAAGGCUAGAACUACCUUACUAAAACACACGUCCUCUGUAAACUCUCAAUCCCUUCCUCCAUCGACGGCCGCCGCAGCCUUCACACCAGCCGUCUCACCACUAGCCGCAGAACUCUAGGGCCGUUGCAGCACAUCAGAUACAAAGGAUAUAAGUAAUAGAGAUGGAAUUCUGCCCAACUUGUGGGAUCUUGUUGAAGUAUGAGUUACCUGGUGCUAAUCAUCCUGCCCGGUUUUUCUGUCCGACGUGUCCGUAUGUUACCAAACUUGAGCCCAUGGUUGAGAUUAAACGAAAGCAACGUUUGGUUAAAAAAGAAGUUGAUCCGAUUAUCACGAAAGAUGACAUGAGUAAUGCACCAAAAACCGAUCAAGCACAUUGUCCAAAUUGUGGUCACAACAGGGCUGCAUACAUCCAGUUUCAAACAAGGUCAGCUGAUGAGCCUAUGACGAUUAACUUCACUUGUGAGAAAUGUACUCACUGUUGGCGCGAGGACUAACUUUCAUAUCUUGAAUGUGUUUGUGUAUCAUACAAUAACGACUUACGGGUACUUUAAAUUAGUGCCUUCUUAUUGUGGAUCGUUUAUAUCUUGUUACGUAAUUUUGAAGUUAUCAAGUUUUAGUUGAUUUAAGGCA